UUUCAGAAGUCGAAGCGGAAAGACGCGUUUUGCUCUCGUCCUCGUUUUUGCCGGUUACUCGGAAAAUCGCAACCGCAAUCGCAGUUAUCGGAUUAACCUACACAUAUUCGCACUGAUAAUUAUUUUGGCCAAAAAAAGAAAACAAACCACACAAAGCGCAGCUCCGAAAGAUACGAAAAAACCUUACGGAUUGCGAUUUUGUUUAUGCCGUGUAUGCGUGCGUGUGCGUGAGAGUAUCUGUGUGAGCAGCGCGUGUAAACAAAAAAAAAAAAAACAAAACGAGCGGUGUAUCUUCGGCUCCGAUAAGCUGACAAGUUUGAUAAAAAGCUUGGAAAACACAAGUGCUACUGUAGAAAAAAAAAUAAAAACAACCCCCCUUCCCCCACACAAAGGAAAUCCAAACAAAUCGCCGGCUGGUGGAAAAGUGAAAGAUACAACUGUAAAUACAGAAAAUUACUAAAAAAAUAUACAUAAUAUCGGCGAUAUCGCUGCAAAUUAAAGCCGUGAAAAAUUCGCGGAAAACAACAGCAACAACUACAAGCAAUCAUUGUGUAAAAUAUACGACUAAGUUCUUAUCGGUGUGCGAUCGUUGUUGUUAUUAUUAUUGUUCUAUAUGCUGGUUAGUUGUGUUGUUGUUAUUUUUGCCUUAGCCGGCGUUGCGUCGAUGUCUUGGUGUUAGUGUGUCGGUGUGUUUGUGUGCAAACGAGUUUGGAAAAAAAAAAAAUAAGAAAAAAAAUAUUGCAGUUACGGUGGCAAGUGUUGCAGAUACACCAACAGCAACAACAACAUCAACAACAGCAGCAGCAACAGCAGCAGCAGCAACAACAACAAGUUAGCCAGAAACCAACACACAGCCAGCCACACAAAUAUUGGAAUGCAUUCAUAAAUGAAUCGAGAUAAAUUAAUUCUAAAUGAAAGUGCUGAAAUUAAAUAAAAUUUAAGUAAAUAAGAAACCGAAAAUACCACAUUUAAAUUAAGAGCGUGUGCAAGUGCGUAGAUUAAUAAAUAUUAGCUAUAUUUAAUAUUCACAUAUAGCAAUUAUCCCAGCGCGAGUGUUAAAAUGCUGUCCGUCGCAGCAUCGGUCAUCUUUGGGAUGUAUAAAUCCCUCUGAAAUCAAAAUAAAGCCAAUCAAAAGAUAUCUGUCGCCUAAACAACCUACCGGCAAAGUAAAUCAAAUCAAAAUUUCAUCAAAAAGAAACUCAAAUUGUUGUCCCGCCAACAGUUUGGGUAAACAUUUUCUUCAGCCCCAUCAAACAUUUAACAACGGCCUCAAAACGGAGUCCCUAGAGUUUUUGCCCUGCGAGGAAGACGAUUUCGAGAUGGAUAUCCUUCCGAGUGGCAAUAUCUUCAACGAGUUGGAGCGGAUCUGCACCACCGGCUACUACUCAUCGCAGCCGUCGAUCGAGGAUCAAUGGCAACAGACCUGCUACGAACUGGAGCGCUACCUGCGGGACGAGCCCAAGUUGCAGAAGAAGCGACACAGCAAUUUGGACAACGCCUGGGACAUAUUCUCCGCACCCGCCCGCCUGCUCGAGGAGCUGAAGAUCAAGGAGCAGCACCUGGACACGAUCUCGACGACCUCCUCGCUCUCGUCCAUCUGCUCGGGGAUCUCCUGGGACAGCAACGGCUCCCAGGGGCUCAGCUGCUCGGUGAUGGUGAAGCAGGAGCGGAUCGACGAGGAGGACGACGAAGUCGGUUGCGAUGACAAGUUGAGUGUGUUGCUGGCGGCUCCACCUUCGGCCAUUUCCCCCAAUCCCAGCAUCGGCAGUGCGGGCAACAUGACGCCCACCAGCAGCAGCAGCAGCAGCAGCAACAGCAGCAGCAAUAGCAAUAGCAACAGCAAUACCAGCAGCAACACCAGCACUAACAGCAGCAACAUCAUUGCGAGUCCGCUGAGCAGUUUGGGCAGCGGCAGCACCAUCACCGUGAGUUCCCGGAACAGUUCGGCGCCGGGGAUCAAAGUGCGAGUGGUGCAGGCCAAGAGCCACCAGGGCAGCAGUGCGAGGUUGCACUUGGGGCACGUUCAGGACUUUGUGCUGCCCACGCUGACGCCGCCCUCUUCGCCAGAAUCCACCCUCCGCAGCCACAAUUACGCCCAGCAGCUGGAGGCCAACGAUCUGGCGGCGCUGAUACAACAGCAACAACAGCAGCAACAGCAACAACAGCAGCAACAUCAGCAGCAGCAGCGACCUGUACAGCAGACGAGCAACUCCACACCCGCAACAGCAAUCCUACGAUUCACCAGCCAGAGCAAUCCCACAAUGACGCAACUGCAGCAGCAGCAACAGCAGUUGGCCGUCCAGCAUUUGAGCAUAUCGCCGCAGGCCCUCGGCCACAGCAGCAAUGGCAGCAACUCGCCCAAGAGCAACAGCAGCAGCAUCAGCAGCAGCAGCAGCACCAGCAGCAUCAGCAGCAGCAGCAGCAGCAGUAGCAGCAGCAUCAGCAGCAACAGCAGCAGCAGCAGUAGCAGCAACGGCGACCAGCCGACACACAGCAACAUUCCGCGCAGCACCAUCGUUCGACUUACAACGGCCAACGGGAAGCCGGGAGCGGCUGGCAUAAGCCUGGCCCGCGUGAUUCAGAUGCAGAACAACGGCAAUGCCAAUGUGGCAGCCGUGCUGAGUGCAGCGGCCAACAGCAGCAGCAACAACAACAGCAGCAACAGCGGCAACUCCAGCAGCAGCAACACCAGCGGCAGCAGCAACACGGCGACAUCGCAGCAACAGGUGCUCGCGCAACGCGCUGAAAAGUCAUCGAACGGCUCCUCGAAAUCGCACCACCCGCGCCAACAUCACAGCGAUCACAGCCCGGACGCCAAGCGGCGGAUACACAAGUGCCAAUUUCUGGGCUGCAAAAAAGUCUACACGAAGAGCUCGCACCUGAAGGCCCACCAAAGAACGCACACAGGUGAGAAACCGUACAAGUGCUCCUGGGAGGGCUGCGAAUGGAGGUUCGCGAGGAGCGACGAGCUGACCCGCCACUACCGCAAGCACACGGGCGCCAAGCCGUUCAAGUGCCGCAACUGCGAUCGCUGCUUCUCGAGGUCCGAUCACCUGGCGCUCCACAUGAAGCGCCACAUGUGAGGCGAGAUAUAAGCGGGGAGAGCGGGAAAAGCCAGAGGCGGAACGUCCAGGACGACGGAGGAGUUCAGCGGAAACUGUGUGCCAUCAAGGAGCGAUGAAAAACUUGCGUAACGCUAAUCAAAAACCACUUAACUCGUGGAGCAGCGAGGGGUGGAAAAACAAAAGGAAAAACAUAAACAAAACUACAAAAAAAAAAAAACAAAGAAAACAUCACAACACAAGCACAAAGAUGGAAAUUCAAGUUCUCUGAUUCUGAUUGAUAUUUGUGUUGCCAUUAUUGUCGCCGUUAUCGUUUUCGUUAUCGUAUGGUUAUCGUCGUUAUCGUUUCAAUUGCAAAUUCGAUUUGUUUCAAUGCCUUGUUAAGUGUAAGUUUAAGCUAAAGCAGCAUUACGGUCGCAUUUCCCCAUUCACACCUAGCAUUUAGCCGCAAGUUCUGAACAAACAGCAAAAAACGUGUACAAUUUACCAAAGCUAAGCAGAUUUCUUUAUUUAGUGAAGCAGCAACAAAAACAGCAACCGCUAGAAAAAAUGAGAAAAAAACCUAGUAGUUUAAUGCAAAAAAAAAUAAUAUUUUUGUUUUCAUAAUGUGAACACUGCCAAAACGAAAAUGUAAAAAAAAACAACAACAAAAAAAAAAAAAGAUAAAAAACUAGAAAAAAUAUAUGUAUAUGUAAAAAAUUAAUAUAAAUAAUUAGUUUCAUAUUUCCGCAACAGUAAAUAGAAAUACAAAUACGAAAAAAAGUAAAAGUGCAAAAUAUGUUUUAAACAAAACAAAACACAAAACGUUAAUCAUGCUUACUUUCUUAAAUUAAUUUUAACUGUAAUUUAAAUGUUGCCUAGGUCUGAAUAUCAUUUCACCGCAUCACUCAAAAUUGAAAGCUAUUAACAUUAAAAUGAAAUCAACGACUAAAUUAUAUUUCGAUUGAUAUUCGCUAAUUGAGAAAAAAGCAAUUUUGUUGCUAUGUUUUUAAAGAAUAUACGUAACUAUUUAAUUUACACAAUUUCUCUUAUGCAUUGCCUAAGUGAUGAAAAGUAUUACGAAAACACUUUGAUAUGUUUACCUAAUUUAAUCAAAAUUUGUAUUCUCGAGCGAAAACGAAACAAAAUUUAUCUUCGACUUAACAUACAAAUUCUUCUUUAUGUGCCUCAUUAAUCUUAAUUUAAUCAAAUCAAUCAAUUCCUUUUAGCUAAGACAUUUUUUUCGAUACCCUUUUAUUUUUUGCGGUAAAUUAAAAAUUUUUUAGUUCUUUAUUUUUUGCGUGCUGCUUUUUUAUUUUAUAGUGUAUCAUUUCCUCAUAUUUGUUUAUGACUUGUUUAAUUUUUAAUUAUUUUUAAAUAAAGAAAAAACUUGUGAAAGCGAA